AUGCGGCCAGUGAAUGGUCAGUCCGACGAGGCAGCAGCAGCAACAGCAGCAGCCGCAGCAGCUGCGUGGGUGGAUCCAACGGUCACUGGCGCGGAUCGCGUGGAUGGAGACCUGGAGCACCGGUGGGGGUCGUUAAAAGCCGCGGUGCCGACGACAUCGAGCCAGCCGAACGCUGCGGAUGCGGAUCGUACGCACCUGCGAAGGCGCACGCGCAACGUGCAGCAGCUCCUGGCGCUGCGCGAGUGUUGCCCCGUCGUCCGCCGCGCGCCCUGCAGCCCCUGGACUGACUCCCCGCGCACCCUGCCGGGGCCUGGCGGAACCGGCGCAACCAGCGGCAGGGGGGCGGAGGCGGAGGCGGCGGCGAUAGAGGGGGUGGGGGCGGAUGUCGGCAAAGGAGCUGAGCGGCAGGGCGAGGAAGGGGCAGAUGGCGUAGGUGCAGCAGCGGGCAGUGCGGGCGGGAGUGGUGGCAGCAGUCGGGUGAACGCUGCUGUUAUGCUGGCCCACUGGGUGGAGCGCGACUCGCUCAUCCGCUACUCGGCGCAGUACUGCCCUCUGCACCCUGCCCCGCGCUCCACCAUCGCCGCCGCUUUCAGCAGCGACGGCGCCUCCCUGGCCUCCACACAUGGCGACCACACGGUGAAGAUCAUCAGCUGUGCAACCAGCAAGUGCCUGCGCACGCUCACAGGCCACCGCCGCACGCCCUGGGUGGUGCGGUACCACCCACGCACAGCGCAUGUGGUGGCGAGUGGCAGUCUGGACCACGAGGUGCGCCUGUGGGACACCGACACUGCCCACUGCAUCGCCUUCCACCCCUUCUAUCGUCCCAUUGCAUCGCUCGCCUUCCAUGCAUCUGGAGACCUGCUUGCGGUGGCGUCCGGUCACAAGUACACGCGCUCAGGAGAGGCAGCACAGCCGUGUGUGGUGCUGCGCACGCGCAGGUCACUGCGAGCCGUGCACUUCCACCCGCACGGUGCUCCUCUGCUGCUCACUGCUGAGGUGAACGAUCUAGACUCAGCAGAUUGCACGCCCACAGAGGCACUCUCUUCGGGCUACGUGCACUACCCGCCGCCCUCCUUCCACUUCAACCCCGCCGCUGCUGACACCACACUCGCCGCCUCUGCUGCCACUGCAGGCGUUACUCUCCCCGCCACGCCCCCCUUCCCCCUCGCGCAGUGGCAAAGCUGUGUUGCUGAGGGCAGGGAUGAGGCUGAGGCUGCUGACGUGGCUGCCAACGUGGCUACGGACGUGGCUGCUGAUGUGGCGGGGGGAGGGAGGGCAAGGGACAUGGGUCCUGUGAGUGGUGUAAGGGAGGAGGUGGAGGGAGGCGGCGAUGCUGGUGAGGAUGCUCCGGGAAUGGAUGGACAGAGGGAGAGCGAUAGGGACCAGCCACGGGGGACAAACGGGGAAGAAAGAGGGGAAGAGACUGGAGGAGGAAGUGGAAUCAGGGGUGGGGAGGGUAGCGAGGGAGGGGUUGGGAGAGUGAGUGGGGACGAGGAGCAUGAAGCAGACAGUGCAGGUGGGGACUUGGGAGGUAGAAGGUCGGGUUCUGGUGAUCUUGCUGGGAUUGCUGGUGUUCCAACAGCACAGAGUCAUGCAGUUCCGGGAGCAGCAGGGGCAGACGCGACAGUAGAGAUAGCAGGGGCAGCGCCAGAUGCAGCAGUAGAUGCUGCCGCAGGUGCCACUACAGCGGGUGCAGCGGGAGAAGAAGCAGCUGAGAGGGGGGUGGAUGCCGCAUGUGAGGCAGUGACAGAGAGCAUGUGCGCUGUGUGCCUGCGUGGGUCGCAUGCCGAUGCUGCGCAUGCUUCUCAUGCUGCUCAUGCCCCGGCAACGCAAGUAGAGGAGGCUGCAGGAGGCUCUAGGCCAAGCGCACAAGAGGGGAGGGUGGGUGAGGGGAGGGACGAUGAUAGUGCUGAUGUUGAUGGUGGUGGUGGUGGUCGAGAGGGAGGAGAGGGCAGCGCAGCAGGUGGUGCGAGGUUGAGCGUGGGGACCGGGGGCAACCGCGCUUGUGCUGUACGAGAUGUGGAGCGUGCACAGGCAGAGUGCGAACAGGAGCUUUUGGUGGUGCAGCAGCAGCAGCAGCCACUGCCAGAGCCGCAGCAGCAGCAACAGCCGCAGCAGCAGCAGCAGCAGCAGCAACAGCAACAGGCACAGCCUCCACCGCCGCAGCAGCAGCAGGCACAGCAGGCACAGCCUCAGGCGCAGCCGCAGCAGGUGCAGCGGUUUCCCUUGGCGCAGCUGCAGCACCCACUGCUGCAGGCGAGUCAGCCGACGCCUGAGAUCCCCUGCACGGUGAAGCUCAAGGUGUGGCGGCACCACAUCAGCCGCCCCAGCAGCCCCCUCGACCCUGACAGCUGCCGCCUCACCGUGCCACACGCCGUGCUCUGCAGUGAGAUGGGUGCGCACUUCUCUCCCUGUGGCCGCUACCUCGCUGCCUCUUGGGUCACGGGAAGAGGGGCUGCUGCUGCCGCCGCCGCUGCUGCUGCUGCUGCCGCUGCUGCUGCUGCUGGUGCCGGCGCUGCUGGGAACACAGCAGCAGGAGCAGGAGCAGCGGAGGCGUCAGCAGCAGCAGCAGGGGGCGGGGUGUCAGCGAGAACAGUGGGUGGAAGGACGGCAGGGCUUUUUUCUAGAGUAGCAGCAGGGGGGAGCGACCUGGAGGGACGGGGGCCAACUGGGGGAGGUACAACUGCAGAGGAGGGUAGGGGCGACGCAGCGAGUGCGGGGGGGGCAGGGGCAGUGGGGGGCAAUGCGAUACGGCGAUCAAGAGCGGGCACAGAUGCGGGAGCUAGUGGUGCUGGCGGGAAUGUGGAGCACGGCGGGGCAGGGGGAGGGGGUCGUGGUGGUGGGAGUGGAGGGGCGGGCAGCAGCAGCAGCAAUGCUGCAGUGGCACAUCAAGUCAUAUAUGAGCUCAGGGUCUACUCCCUUGAAGAUGCCACGUACGUUGCUCACUCUCCACACUCCACGCCCCGCUUCGGGCAAGUCCUUGCAUGUCGAGCCAUACGAGCAGCGCAUUGCCUCACAUCCAUCCAGUUCUCCCCCACGUCCUGCCAUCUGCUGCUGGCGUACGGGCGUCGCCACGGCUCGCUGUUGCGCAGUCUCGUGGCGGAUGGGGCCUCCAUCGUCCCCGUCUACACAAUUCUUGAGGUGUAUCGAGUCUCUGACAUGUCUCUUGUGCAGAUUCUUGCCAGUGCAGAAGACGAGGUCAACGUGGCUUGCUUCCAUCCCAAAGUCGGUGGGGGGCUGGUCUACGGCACCAAGGAGGGCAAGCUGCGAGUGUUGCAGCAUAACCGCGCUGUGCCGCUCCACCUGCCGCUCGGCAUUGCUGAGGACACCUCCUUUGGAGAGGAGCAGGAGAACCCUCAGCAGCCGCAGCAGCCACCCACCCGUAGAUUCCCCAUCUUCUGA